UAUGACGAUGUGGCGAGGUGUGAAUGAAGGCCUACUGUUAAUGAUGGGCAAGGUUUGGUAUCGGCCUCCUAUUCAUAUCACCACUCGGUGACAUGCUUCGCCGACGCCAGUUGAUAUUGUUCUUGAUUAUGCUUUCAACUAUCUUGACUAUAGGACUAGUCAUCGCAAACGACAUUUUGGUGUUCGAGGUCACCUCCUUUUUGAUCGGGUUGACAUCCGUCACUCCCCAAAUGCUCAUUCCACUCGUAGCUGAUCUCGCUCCUCCCGCUGGUUGUGGAUCAGCUAUCUCAAUUAUUCUGUCAGGCAAUCUACUUGGCAUCCUCCUCGCGCGCAUAUUUUCUGGCGUAGUGGCCAAUUUCACAAGUUGGCGUAUGGUGUAUUGUACGUCUAUCGGCCUCCAGAGUAUCGUCCUGGGUGGUGCCUAUCUGUUGCUUCCGGACUACCCGGCGAAAACCCAUGAUUUAUCCUACCUUGGAAUAUUCCGUUCCAUGGCGAAAUACGCUGUCACCGAACCUCUUGUAAGCCAAAUCCUUCUAACGACCUUGGCCGCCAGCGCGUGCUACACCAAUUGGUGGGUAACCCUCACGUUCCUACUGGGCGGACCGCCAUAUGACUACUCCACCGUGAUCAUCGGGUUGUUUGGCCUCGUUGGAAUGAUGGGUGUAAUUGUGGUACCAUUCGUUGGCCGUCUUAUCGAUCGGCUUGUGCCGUGGUGGUCCGCUGUUGUUUCAACUGCACUUCUUUUGGUAUUCCAAGCAGUACAAACUGGGGCAGGAGGCAUAAACGUUGCCGCAGUUGUCAUCUCUUGCUUCGGAUUAGACAUGUUCCGCCAAACACAAGGUUUAUCAUUGGCUACAUUGAUCUUCAGCGUUUCAGAGACUGCGCGCUCACGUUUGAACGCGCUGAUGAGUAUAUCAAUGUUUCUCGGUCAGAUUUUAGGGACAUCUGUUGGUACUGAUGUUUUCGUCGGAUAUGGCUGGCGUGCAAAUGCUGCGCUGUUCAUGGCUAUGUAUGCCUUGCAGCUCACGGUGCUUCUCCUUAGAGGCCCUCAUUGUCCCGGGAAUCGGUGGUUUGGUUAUGGAGGUGGAUUAGAAUUUUGGCAGAAGCUGCCAUCUAAGCAGCCGAUCGCCAAGGAUGACCCUGAGAACUCAGGAGGCGCUCAUCUGGCUGUAGUGUACAGCGAGAAGAGAGAUGACGAAGGAAAAGGGGGCCAGGAGCUCCGCUAGUCUCAGGCCAAAAUUUGAUACGAUAAAAGAACGCCAUUCGUUGCUUGCUUCGAGGCUGCAUCACUUGAUCAUGUAUAACACCCAGCACCAGACUCCGACUUCAUACAGAUCAUUCUUAGUUAGAAAAUUGCCCAUUGUAUCUUGUUGCCAAAAAAAAAAAGAUGAUUG